AUGGCCCUCGUCGCUACCGCCGCAUUGCUCCCGGCGACCGCGUCCAAGAAGACUUUCACGGUCGGCGACGACUCCGGCUGGGACGUCGGCGUCGACUACAACGCCUGGAAAAGCGGCAAGAAGUUCAAGGUCGGCGACACGCUCGUGUUCAGACCCAACAACGCGGGGCAGGACGUGGUGUUGGUGGACGAGCAGAGCUUCCAGGACUGCGUGUCGCCGGACAACGCGCAGGUGCUGAGCACCGGCGGCGCAGUCGCUGUGAAGCUGGGGCAGUCCGGCCAGUUCUUUUUCAUCUGCGACGCCGAAGGGCUGUGCGACGCCGGGAUGAAGCUCGCCAUCAACGUCAAAUGA